UGGGCACCGGCACUGUGACCUCAGCGGGCCGCGGGUGCACUUGAACCAGGAAGCAGAACACGGCUGAAAACAAGAGGCCGGGGCGGGAGGAAGAAGCAGUUGUGUGAACGCGAGUCGCUCUGAUUGAAUGCGCUUUGAUCGCGGACCCCGGUUUCUGCUGAAGUUACCAAAGGGCAUCUUUCCUGCUCUUGAGAAGUGGAUCAAAAGUCUGCAGCAGAGACCAUGAGCUAUUGCUAGACUAUACCUCUGACUUCCAGUUUGAAAGGGGGGUUUGAGGCACCAGGCACCAUGGCAGACUGGGUGGUCCUUGGACUGAUUGCGGUUCUCGUGCUGUUGCUGUUGCUGACUGUCUUUGGCUUCAUGGUCUACUCGGGACUCUUCACGGAAGUAGUCGUUAGUGCUGGCACCCCGCCCAUCCGCAGUAUCACUUUAGCGUACAAGUUCCGAGUGGGACCCUAUGGCGAGAGUGGGCAGCUGUUUACGGAGAGCUGCAGCAUCUCUCCGAAGCUCUGCUCCAUCUCUGUCUACUACGACAAUCCUAUCACGGUGCUGCCUGAGAAAUGCCGCUAUGCUGUGGGGCGCAUCCUGACUGAGGGUGAGGAGAAGCCAUCAGAGGAGAUGAUCCAGCUCUUCCAGAAGUUUGGCUUCAAGAUCUUUUCCUUUCCAGCUCCCAGCCACGUGGUCAUGGCCACCUUCCCAUUCACCACACCCUUGUCUAUCCACCUGGCAGUGAAUCGGGUUCACCCAGCUCUUGACACUUAUAUCAAGACAUGAGGUGAUUCUCGUAGCAAUACGCUGGCCUGUGCUCUGACGACUGUUCCCUGGUGUGUGUCCACUCUGGCAGUGCCUCCCUUUUAGUUAUGUCCACUCCACUACCUCACACCAUGGCACUGUGAUUGUGGCAUUAAUGGCUAAUACUACUGACCAGCACUGAAAGCUGGAAAAGAGGAAGGCUCCAUUUGUAUAGUUGUUAUUUUAUAUUAUCAUCUCUUUCUGCAAUGCCAAGGGGCAAACCCUCAUAUGCCUCUGUGAUACCUGAGAUAUGCGACUUGAAACAACUCUCUUACUUUCUUUGAGCUGUCCUGAAUUAAUACAAUAGAUCUCCAUCCCAAAUAGGUUAUAGCAUGGGUGGGCAAAAUAUGGCCGGCAGGCUGGAUCUGGCCUGCCAGGCGAUUUCAUCCAGCCCAUGGUGCCUGCUAAUUCACUGUAUCUGGCCCGGCCAUGGGCUGCCCCUGCUGUGCUCACAUGGGGCGAACCCCUGCUCACUCCUGCGUGGGCAGUGCAUGCUGUACUUCCACCCUUGCCCAUGGGAUGGCCCUGACCCUGGCUCUGCAGGUAGGGAAGCGGCGGUGGGCAGGGGAAGUGGUGGCAGUGGCAGGCAGCAGGGG